UUCCAGAAUUCUUGUGAUAUUUUGAUUCCAAGCACUACAAAUUCAAAUGUUUAGAUAGAGAAUUCAUCGGAAAUCUUCCAAAAAUUUGUUUGGUAGAAGGGGAAGGUUAACAAAGAAAUGAAGAUCCCUUCAAUUCCAAGAUUAAAGCUUAGUUAUGGAAUUGCUGCUGCCGCUAUUAAAUUUACUGGUCAACAAUAUAUACCCAUUUUCCUUCAACCCAUUUCCUUCUCUACAGCAGCCGCCAUUGAGUUGCGGGGUAAUAAUGGACCUGCGACAAAUGCACCAUCUUCCUCGUCUCUGGUCGAUGACUUCACUAGAUUCUGCUACCAAAGGGACCUUCACAUGGCCAUGGAAACAUUGAACUACAUGCAGAUAAACAGAGUAUGGGCUGAUUGUAUUACUUAUUCGGAACUCCUAAAGUGUUGUUUGUCUCGUGGUACUAUCAAGCAAGUUAAGAUUAUUCAUAACCAUCUCUUCUCAUAUGGGCAUCGACCCAAAACCUUCUUAACCAAUGUUUUACUCAAUAUGUAUGUUAAAUUCGGUCUUGUACGAGAUGCACAUAGCCUGUUCGAUGAAAUGUCUGAGAGAAAUGUUGUUUCCUGGACUACAUUAAUAGCUGCUUAUGUUAAAGCUGGGGAUAAAGUCAAGGCAUUGGAUUUGUUGGUUCUGAUGAUGAAGGAAGGAAUCAAGCCUAAUAUGUAUACUUACUCAACUGUUUUCAGGGCAUGCCAUGGUUUGACAGACCUUAGACAGCUCCAUUGUUGUGUGAUUAAAGAUGGUCUAGAUUUUGAUCCCUUUAUUCGAAGUGCUUUAAUCGAUAUUUACUCAAAAUGGGGUGAAUUGGAUAAAUCCAUCCGCAUUUUCAACGAGGUGUCAAGUGAAGAUCCAGUCGUUUGGAACUCAAUCAUCGGAGGCUUUGCUCAGAACACUGACGGUGAUGGUGCCUUGAAUCUUUUCAAGAAGAUGAAAAGAUUUGGACUCGAACCCGAUCAACCUAGUCUAACAAGUGUAUUAAGGGCUUGUACGGGCUUAGCCUUACUAGAGCUAGGAAGACAAGUUCACGUUCAUGUACUCAAAUUUGAGCAAGAUUUAAUCCUCAACAAUGCACUAAUCGAUAUGUACUGCAAAUGCGGAAGCUUGGAGGAAUCAAACAAUGUUUUCACUAAAAUGUGGGAGAAAGAUGUCAUAUCUUGGAGUACGAUGAUAAUAGGUUUGGCUCAAAAUGGUUUUAGUCGAGAAGCAUUGGAAAUGUUCGAAUCUAUGAAAGCUUCGAGGAUCAAACCGAACUACAUUACACUUGUUGGGGUUCUUUUCGCUUGUAGUCAUGCCGGACUUGUGGAAGAUGGAUUAUUUUACUUUUAUUCAAUGAAGAAGGUUUUCGGUAUUGAACCAGGUAGAGAGCAUUAUGGAUGUAUGGUUGAUCUUUUAGGAAGGGCGGGAAGGUUUGACGAAGCAAUUAAGCUUAUUCACGAUAUGAAAUGUGAGCCUGAUGUUGUGACAUGGAGAACUCUGCUAGGUGCUUGUAGGGUUCACAAUAAUACAGAUAUUGCUAUUUAUGCUGCCAAAGAAAUACUAAAUCUUCAGCCGGAAGAUGCUGGAGCUUAUAUACUUUUAUCUAAUAUUUAUGCGAAUUCUGAAAGAUGGAAAGAUGUUGCUCAAGUAAGGAAGGAUAUGAACAUACAUGGAAUUAGGAAAGAACCGGGAUGCAGUUGGAUUGAAGUGAAUAGGAAGAUUCACGCGUUUAUAUUGGGCGAUAAGUCGCAUCCUCAAAUUGGAGAUAUAACAUCGGAAUUGAAAAUCUUAAUCUGGAAACUGAAGGAAGUGGGUUAUAUUCCCGACACAAAUUUUAUCUUGCAGGAUCUUGAAGGAGAACAAAAGGAAGAUGCAUUGUUCUUCCAUAGUGAGAAGUUGGCAAUAGUGUUUGGAAUGAUGAACUUGCCAAAGGAAAGUGUUAUUAGGAUAAGGAAGAAUCUAAGAACAUGCGGUGACUGCCACAACUUUGCGAAAAUAUUAUCCUCGAUGGAUAAUCGGAAUAUUGUUCUUAGGGAUCCUAUUCGUUAUCACCAUUUUAAGAACGGGGUUUGUUCUUGCGGUGACUAUUGGUAGGGAAACAAGGGCAAUUAGUAUGAGCAUCUUGAAGCUGUUUAUCAAUUCAAUGUGCCUUGAUGGUUGAGUUAUUCAAUAAUAACAUUCGUGGCAUGUGUUCAAGACUUUGGAAUUCCUUGAACUAGGCGAAGCAGUUGGAACUCAGAGCCAGGGAAUUGCUCCAGAUCUGAUACCUUUAUUUCUAGUCCGAAAAUUUAAGUGGGUGCUCUCCAGAAAGAAAUGAUAAAAAAAUGGAGAGAUGGAAUACAUAGGAUGAUAUACAAAUGACGUAAUGUCUACAGAUGGAACUAACUGGCUUGGGAUCAACAAGGUGAGCUCCAUCACAUCUUUUCCAUAGUUUUUUACUUGGUAGAUUCAUUGCUUUUAAGUAUAUUUUAGAUGAACCAACCAUUUACAACAGGUUGUGAUCAUUUUGUUAGAUAUAGACUGACAAUUGAUGGGUUCUUGGUUUUGAAACUACAGUCGAGUUUGAUUUAUUAUUAUAAUUUUAUCGGAAUUAUCCGUUUCUAAGUAA